CCUUGAGGACAGCCGGGUAGAGGAGGGGCCGCUCAGUUUCUGGGCCUCCCGUCCGGCUCUGCCCCGUGGCCUCUUUCCCUCCCUGGGGUCUUUGGGAGGUGGGGGUCCCGCGUUACAGAUGGGGAAACUGAGGCAGGCAGGGACGAAGGGCUUGGCCGGGGUCACGCUGGCCUUGCAGGGGUUCGGGUGAAGGCUUUGUGACCUUGGUCCCUUGUGGCUCAGGCCCCCAGGGCUGCCCCUCCCCCCAGGGUUCAGGAGCCGUAGUGUGCAGUGCUGAGGGUCCUGGAGGGUCUCCUGCCCCCACAGUGAGAUCUCUGGGCCUCAGUAGAGGGCAGGACUCUGAGCAGGCGAACUUCAGCCUCAAUAUGAUCGAUGUAAAUCUUGCAACAAGAUAUUAAUUUAACUCAGUGGAACUGGGGAGAGAAUGGUUCUUUGGUGAGACAGUGACUGGCUUAGUCUGUAUAAUGAGUGGAAGUAAGUGUAACAGAGUGAGAGCUCAGAGCCAGAUGGAAGCCAGAGACUGAGAUGUGGCGGCUGCUGAAUGGAAGGGACUAGAGACUGCAGACUGGCUGACUGACUGAGACUGCUGGGCCCCUGGGAGACCCAAGGAGACAAUGAAGACUUUGGGCUUUAUUCCUGACUAUUCUCUUGGUGAUUUUUCUGCUGCCACCAAGGCCCAGUUCAGAGGCCUCCAGAAAGCUAGCCGAACAUUCCAUGCCUCCCUCUCGCUGAGAUCUCUCAGCCUCCUCCUCUGAGCUCAGCUCUCUCUCUCUCUCUCUCUCAUUGUGGGCAGGUCCGCAUCCAGCCUGGGCCCAGGAGCCUCAGACCCGUCCUCCCUCCCUGGGCUCCCUCUCCCUCCCCAGCCCGGCUGGCCGAGCACCCACGCCCGGAACCAGAGACAUGGCCCCCGGCAGCCGGAGCCCCUCCUCCCAGGAGUUGGUGACAUUCAGGGAUAUUAUUGUGGCCUUCACCAAGGAGGAGUGGGGGCUCCUGGACCCUUCUCAGAAGGAGCUGUACAAGGAGGUCACGCUGGAGAGUGUCCAGAACCUGUUGUCCCUGGGCCGGGUGUCUGACAAAUUCGCUGAAAACAUCACUCUAAAAACCAUGGAAGGGGAUUCUGAUGGAGAGACCAGAUUCCAAGUAAAUGAGUUGACUAGAAAGCUGGGAAUUUUUGUGGAAGAAUGUGAUCUGCAGAGAGUCAUGAUUGAUGUUUCUUGUGACUUCGAGUUGAAAGAAAUCCAUGGUUCUAAUAUCAAGGAAGAUCAACAUCCAAAGAGUGAAUGUCAACUUAUUGAAAUUGGAAAGCGAUUUGGACAGUCUUCAACCCUCAACCUUUAUAAGAACAUUUCCUCAGAGACUGGUUGUCUUCAAGACAAGGGAUAUAGCAAAUGUUUCACUGAAGAAGUAGAGCCGGUUAAGUCCCAGGAGACUCCUAGACAUCAGAAAGUCCACACUGGAGAGAAACUUUUUGUUUGUAAUCAAUGUGGAAAGGCUUUCACCAAUAGCUCUAAUCUCAGUAUGCAUCAGAAAACUCAUACUGGAGAGAAGCCUUAUGAAUGUAGUCACUGUGGAAAGCCUUUCACAUUCUCUUUCCAACGUGCCUUACAUCAGAAAAUCCACACUGGAGAGAACCUUUUUUAUUGUAAUCAAUGUGGAAAGGCUUUCACACGGAGGUCCAGUCUUGUUAAGCAUCAGAGAAUCCACACUGGAGAGAAACUUUUUAAUUGUAAUCAGUGUGGAAAGGCUUUCACAUGGAAAUCCAGUCUUGUUAAACAUCAGAGAGUCCACACUGGAGAGAAACCUUUUGUUUGUAGUUGUUGUGGAAAGGCUUUCACAAAUAGCUCUAACCUUAAUGCUCAUCAGAAAAUCCACACUGGAGAGGAACCUUAUGAAUGUAGUCCAAGUGGAAAAGUUUUUACAUUCCCUUUCCACCUUGCUGUACAUCAGAAUCUUUUUUAUUGCAAUCAGUGUGGAAAGGCUUUCAGAUGGAAGUCCAGUCUUGCUAAACAUCAGAGAGUCCACACUGGAGAGAAACCUUAUGUUUGUAAUCAGUGUGGAAAGGCUUUCACCAGUAGUUCUAAUCUUUAUGCACAUCAGAAAAUCCACACUGGAGAGAAGUUUUAUGACUGUAGUCAUUGUGGAAAGGCUUUCACACAGAGGUCCCGCCUUGCUGUACAUCAGAGAAUCCACACUGGAGAGAAUCUUUUUGAUUGUAAUCAGUGUGGGAAGACUUUCACACAGAGGUAUAAUCUUGCCAAACAUCAGAGAGUCCACACUGGAGAGAAACCUUUUGUGUGUAAUCAAUGUGGAAAGGCUUUCACGCAGAGGUGCAGUCUCGCCAAACAUCAGAGAAUCCACACAGGAGAGAAACCUUUUGUUUGUAAUCAUUGUGAAAAGGCUUUCACCAGUAGCUCUAAUCUUUAUGCACAUCAGAAAAUCCACACUGGAGAGAAGCUUUUUGAUUGUAAUCAGUGUGGGAAGGCUUUCACACAGAGGUCCCGCCUUGCUGUCCAUCAGAGAAUCCACACUGGAGAGAAUCUUUUUUAUUGUAAUCAGUGUGGAAAAGCUUUCACACAGAGGUCAAGUCUUGCCAAACAUCAGAGAAUACACACUGGAGAGAAACCUUUUGUUUGUAAUCAUUGUGAAAAGGCUUUCACCAGUAGCUCUAAUCUUUAUGCACAUCAGAAAAUCCACACUGGAGAGAAGCUUUACGACUGUAGUCAGUGUGGAAAGGCUUUCACACAGAGAUCCCUUCUUGCUAAACAUCAGAGAGUUCACACUGGAGAAAAACCUUUUGUGUGUAAUCAUUGUGGAAAGGCUUUUGCCAGCAGCUCUAAUCUUUAUGCACAUCAGAAAAUCCACACUGGAGAGAAGCCUUAUGAGUGUAAUCAUUGUGGAAAGGCUUUCAGAUCCAGCUUCAAUCUUGCUUUCCAUCAGAGAAUUCACAAUCGGGUGAAAACUUAGGUUCUCUGACAGAGCUGCAGCAUUGCUGGACUUCAAGAAGUCCACCCUGAAGAGAAACAUUAUAUCUGUCAUCAAUGGGGAAUGGUUUCACACUGAACUCCACUCUUGGGAAGCAACAGAGAAUUCAUACUUGAGACAAACUGAGCUUUUAGUUACCUCUUUGAAGAGGUUUUACACUAGAAGAGAACCUUAUGCAUGUUAUCAAGGUGGUAAUGCCUUCAGGCAAGAAGCAUCUCUUAUUUCCCAUCUCAGAAUUCAUAUUAGAUAUUAAUCUCAUCACUGUCAAGAAUAAGGAAAGUCAUUUACAUGAAUUUCAGAGCAUCUUCAGUAUUAGAGAAAUCAAUCUGAGGGGUUCCCUAUGGUUUCAGUGUGGGAAGGCUUUUAGCUAAAGAUUCUCUCUUACUUUCUGUCAGUGAAUUCAUUGUAGAGAAAAGUGUUUCCUGUAAAUAUGCUCCUGGAACUUUGUUUUUUUCUGAAGAGGGAUGACUAGUAGACAACUUCAGUCAUACUGGAAUAAAGGUUGAUUCAUCAAGAAUUGGAAAAUGAGUAGAUGCCCAUCAGUUGGGAAAUGGCAAAACAAGU